AUGGAAACUGGCUACAGCGCGCAAAUGAGCUCGCUUAGCCGCGGCCGGACUCUCAGCAGGCCUGAAAGAUAUCAAGCAACAACUCCCAUGUUGCCCGGUAAAAAAAAGGAUACCUUCGAUUUAUGGGUAUUCUUUUCCAGAUUGGUCACCUUUUGGGCACCCGGAAAAUUGCUAUCAUCCUUGGCUGGUCUCUCGGACAAGCAGUCACAACAAGCCUGGCGGGAAAAAAUUACAUUGUGCUUUAUUGCAUUAAUUAUGAGUGCCGUUGUCGCCUUCUUGACCAUCGGCCUUUCCUCCGUACUAUGCCCCCCUUCUCAAGCCAACAAUCCCGCUCAAUUUAUACGAUUCGGAGAGUCCUCAGGUCACCUCGGUAUUCUAGGAUGGCAAUUCAAUGUAACGAACGCAGCAAACCCCUCAAAUUUCAAUUUCAUAGCCGUAGCGCAACAACAGAAUGGGCAAGACAUAACAAAUUAUUUUUCACGUGACAAUAGUGAACUAGACAGUUGUCAAUUUCAGUCCCUUUCAAAUUUCAGAGCAGUGACACUACCAUUUUGCCAAAACAAUUCUUGUGUCCUUGGUCCACUUAAUACCAAGACCCUUAACUCUUACAAUAUACUUAACACGACCAAAAGGGUUGGGUACGACUGGGAUCAGCUCUCUCAACUGCCCAACUACUUGGUCAUCGAUGGAAAUGUGCUCAAUCUUAAUCCAUACAUUAAAGCAUACCCAAAACCAAUACCCAAUGAUAUGAUGGACGUCGUCAUUCGUAAAGUUUUAUCCACUGGUGAUACCGACGGUGGAAAAGAUGCAACACGCUUGUUCUUUGGCAGACAGAAAUUGAAACUUGGUGUUAACUGUCUUGUUAACAAAUAUUAUGCUGGAAACAUUGACAAACAAACAAUCGGAUGUUUCACCUCUCAACUGUUCUUAUAUGUCUCGCUGACAGUUAUCUUGGGGGUGGUCUUGUGCCGUUUCGCGAUGGCAUGUGUAUUCGACUGGUUCAUCUCCCAUCGUCUCGCUCAUACACCAAAGAAAAGGAAUCUUCCAAGUCAAGAGGUUGUUGGUUCCACUCAACCUUGGAACAAAGGAAAUGGUGACACCAAGAUAACGAGCGUUGACGACGUUGGAAACGAUUUGUUCACUGUCCUGCUCAUCACUUGUUAUUCCGAAGAUGAAGCUGGCAUAAGGUGCACUUGCGAAUCAAUGGCUUCCACCGAUUACCCCGAUGACCGGAAAUUAUUAUUCCUCAUUUGCGAUGGCGUUAUAGUUGGUAGUGGUAAUGAUAAGAGUACCCCAGAUAUUUGCGUCAGUCUUAUGGAAAUCGAUCCCGAAUUUUCGGAUCCCCGGCCACAAAGCUACAUCGCCGUGGCCUCAGGAAACAAGCAACACAAUAUGGCUAAAGUGGACGCCGACACAAAGGUCUAUCCUGAUUCCUUGAGGCUUUUGAUUAAUUGUAUGUGCAAUGAUCCCCUCAUCAUGGGUCUCUGUGGAGAAACCAAGAUUGCCAACAAGCGGGAUUCAUGGGUGACCGCCAUUCAAGUCUUCGAGUAUUACAUCUCUCAUCAUUUGGGCAAAGGUUUUGAAUCUGUAUUUGGUGGUGUCACCUGUUUGCCAGGUUGUUUCUGCAUGUACCGUCUCAAGGCGCGCAAGGGCAAUGACGACUGGGUACCGAUUAUUACCAAACCCGAAAUUGUUCAAGAAUAUUCUCAAAAUGUUGUUGAUACACUUCACCAGAAGAAUCUAUUGCUUCUUGGCGAAGAUCGUUUCUUGACGACUCUCAUGUUGCGAAAUUUCCCACACCGUAAAAUGAUGUUCUGUCCACAAGCUGUCUGUAAAACUAUUGUUCCCGAUGAUUUCCGAGUCUUACUCUCUCAGAGACGUCGUUGGAUCAACUCUACAAUCCACAAUCUCAUGGAACUAGUUCUUGUUCGAAAUCUUUGUGGAACCUUCUGCUUUUCCAUGCAAUUUGUCAUCUUCAUGGAAUUGAUUGGUACAGUGGUGCUUCCCGUUGCCAUCCUUCUUACCUAUACUUUGAUUGUCUCCAUGGCCUUGCACCCACCGAAGAACUUCUCCGACGCUAUCCCGUUGAUGAUGUUGGCGAUGGUCCUCGGGCUGCCAGCAAUUUUGAUUCUUAUCACCACAAGGAAAUUGAUUUACAUUACCUGGAUGGUCAUUUACCUUUUGGCCUUGUUCGUAUGGAAUUUCAUCUUGCCAACAUAUGCCUACUGGCACUUCGAUGAUUUCUCAUGGGGUGAAACUAGAAAAGUUGAAGGUGAAGCUAAAGGCGAUGAUCAUGGUAAAAAAGAAGGCACCUUUGAUGCCUCCAAGGUCCCGUUGAAACGUUGGGAAGAUUGGGAACGUUCGCGAAUUCGAAAGAUCAAGCAUCAAGAACGUCAAAGGAGCAAGGCUACGAUGCAUACUCCAUCACAUUUGACGCAUCAGGUCAUAAGCGGCGAAGAUGAUCCGAAACGCCAAUUGCUAUCUCAAUACGAAGGCGAAUAUUAUGAAGGGGAAUCGAUUGAUUCGGGUGACAUGGGAAAUCAACAAUAUUAUGAUUACUCGGCAAACGUUACAUACCUACCAUCAACACAAUACAACAAUUACCCGCAGCAAUAUCAACAACAAUAUCCGCCUCGACAACAAUACCCACCACAAUCACAAUAUCCACCACAACAGCCGCUCGAGUAUCAGUAUGAACAAUAUGGAAACCAACUUGAACGUGCACCGUCUAGAGGUUACCAUUAUGGUGAUAGAGAAUAA